AUGAACUUUAUAAUAUCUCAAUUAAGAUUUACUCUUACCUAAUUUUGUAAUUUUAGUGACUAAUGUUAUGACAUUUAAUCGUAAAAAUGCUAAGAAAUAGAUGGAUAAAUUUAUAUUGGUAGAGAGAAAUAAGGUUUAUGUAUUUUUGAUUCAAAACCUAACAACCAAGUAGAUUUCUGUUACAACUUAAGAGGAACUAUUAAAAAAGGAAAAUCUCUUGAAAAUUCUUAAUAAUACUACUUAUGUGAUGAAAGUCAUAAACUUUUUGGUGUUGGAUUAUGCAAUGGCAGGUAAUGA